AAGCAAUGUUGCUCAAGCCUAUGACACAGAAGUAUGAACUGAAGCCCUGCCUUGCUGUUUGAGCUGGCGGGCGUGUCACUUCCGAGCCGCUUUUGCCAGGUUCUCCUUGUGAAAUGGUCCUGGCGCUGGCAGACGGUCUCCCUUCCAAGGGUCCUCAACAUCCGCAGACACCAACAGAACUGAUUGUCGCAGAGUUCAGGAGAUAUUUGAAGUCAUGCCAGCCAUGCGAAAUGCAGAAACUGGGAAUGCUGCCAAUCUGGAAGAAGCUUGGACGUGGCCUAGGCAAGCUGAGGGGUUUCCUGCAAAAGCACAGCUUCUCGGUUGAUGAUCAGACGCUGCUUGUCCAGCUGGCCACUCCGACUUCUUCCCCUCCACAGCAGUCAAUGGCAGUACCAGCCAAGGCACGACCUCAACCACCGGCUGAAAUACCAGUUGCAUUGACCAAAGAGUUCACUGAUGCUCAAACUGUUCCACUACAGGCAAGAGGUCUUGAAACAGUUCCGCCCUUGGGUACAGAUAGAGCCAGUGAUUCAGUGGUUUGCUUAAAGAGUUUGAUUCAGCCAGAAAGUGGCAGCUUGAUUUGGGUAGAUCCAUCUGAGCUCCGUUGGACGCACAACAAGCUGCAGCGCCUCUUUACAUGUGGACGGGCGCUGUCAGAGGUUGCUCAGCAGUUGCGGAGUGGUAGAUUAGUAGCAUCAGACCUGCCCAGGAUCAGUAUUGUCUUUCAUUCUGGAAAGUGGUACUCCAGAAACAAUCGAAGGCUUUGGUGCUUGAAAGCUGCUGCCAUCCGUCGAGUUGAGGUGGAGGUGGGCAUAGUUGAUCAGCCCUUUCUGAACGGUUUGACCACCACCACCGACGGCUUGACGGUGGAGUUUUGGCCUCCAUGCCGCCAGCAGCGGCGUGUGGACGGGAGUUUCCCAACCUGAAAGGCGUUCAGACGCAUUUGUGCGUCACUCAUCAUGCAUCAGCCUUAGACUGGGACGACAAUGCCUCCGAGGCGUCGUCAGAAUCAUCCGAGGCAUUGUCCGAGGAUGGCGCUUACGGUGAGGAUGGUAUGUGGUAUUCAGAAACUGAAUGGAGCUCUUACUUUCGAACGCGAAGUUUCUGGAUGAACGAUGAGUGGGGCCGAAGCCCCUUGUGGCGUGCUGCAGCAACAGGCAACAAGGAGUUGGUAAGGCGACUCAUUGGGCUCGGAGCUAUUGUGGAUGAAGUGGACUGUGAAGGUGUUUCUCCUCUGCUUGGGGCCGUACGUCGGGGUCAUUUCCGAGUGGCGGAAAGACUUCUUCGGGCAGGAGCUUUUCAGCAACCCUGGACGUGGACAAAAAGAAAGGGGAAGCGGUGGCACCCCUUAAAAGCUGCAAAGUAUUCAAGACUUGUGAGCGCCGUCAAUCGCAACCAGCGCAUUUCGGAUGAAAAGCUGAACAAGCAAAUAACUAUUCCGCACAGGAAGAAGCAGAAAGGAACUAAGACUUCGAAGAAGAAGAAAAGUUGAACCCACACCCAGGAACGGGAUAGUGUAGAGAGGAGUCGCCACCCAAUGCUUUGUUUGGAGAUGACUUCCACGUGCAAGGCUUGCAAAGGCAAC